CUCCAGGCCCGCGGCGGCCGCGACCCGCGGUCCAGCAUGUCCGCCUCUGCCUCUGCCGCGGACGGAGACGGCGCCCCCGCCCAGCCCGAGUCCGAGAAGGAGCCCGACCUGCCCGACCCCAGAGCGGAGAGCGAGGAGGAGGAGGAGGACGACGACGACGAGGACGACGAGGACGAGGAGGAGAAAGAAAAGAGUCUCAUUGUUGAAGGCAAGAGGGAAAAGAAAAAAGUAGAGAGGUUGACAAUGCAAGUAUCUUCCUUACAAAGAGAGCCAUUUACAAUUGCACAAGGAAAGGGGCAGAAACUUUGUGAAAUUGAAAGGAUACAUUUCUUUCUGAGCAAGAAAAAAACGGAUGAACUUAGAAAUCUACACAAACUGCUUUACAACAGACCAGGCACUGUGUCCUCAUUAAAGAAGAAUGUGGGGCAGUUCAGUGGAUUUCCAUUUGAAAAAGGGAGUAUCCAAUACAAAAAGAAAGAAGAAAUGUUGAAAAAAUUUAGAAAUGCCAUGUUAAAGAGUAUCUGUGAAGUUCUUGAUUUGGAGAGAUCUGGUGUAAAUAGUGAACUAGUGAAGAGGAUCUUGAAUUUCCUAAUGCAUCCAAAGCCUUCUGGCAAACCAUUGCCAAAAUCUAAAAAAACUUCUAGCAAAGGCAGUAAAAAAGAACGGAAUAGUUCUGGAAUGGCAAGAAAGGCAAAGCGAACCAAAUGUCCUGAAAUUCUGUCAGAUGAAUCUAGUAGUGAUGAAGAUGAAAAGAAAAACAAGGAAGAGUCUUCGGAUGAAGAAGAUAAAGAAAGUGAAGAGGAGCCACCAAAAAAGACCUCUAAAAAGGAAAAAGCGAAACAGAAAGGUACUCCUAAAAAUAAAAAGUCUGUAAAGAGUGCAAAUGUUAAGAAGGCAGAUAGUAGUACCACCAAGAAGAAUCAAAACAGUUCUAAAAAAGAAAGUGAAUCUGAGGAUAGUUCAGAUGAUGAACCUUUAAUUAAAAAGUUGAAGAAACCACCUACAGAUGAAGAGAUAAAAGAAACAGUGAAGAAAUUAUUGGCCAAUGCCAACUUGGAGGAAGUCACAAUGAAGCAGAUUUGCAAAGAGGUAUAUGAAAAUUAUCCUGCUUAUGAUUUAACUGAGAGAAAAGACUUCAUAAAAACAACUGUAAAAGAGCUAAUUUCUUGAGAUACAGGACAGAGACAGAUGACUUGUUCCCAUAGAUUUGAAGAUCUGAUUUAUACCAUUAUACCAGCAAAGAGAAUGUAUUUCCUUUUCUAAAUUCUCGUUAAGGAUUACUGCUGACCUUUUUUUAUCUUGAGUGUUACAUAAAUCAGUUUGCCGCUUUAAAUUGCAUUUCUAUGCAGUUUUUAGUUUAAAAUCUUGCAUGGCAGUAAUUGUUCCUUGCUUUUAUAGUUGUACUUUGUACAUUUUGGAUUUCUUUAUAUAAGGUCAUAGAUUCCUGAAGUGUUGUGGGUUUUAGUGCACUUAACAUUAGACUGCUUAAGACAUAUUUUAAUCAAGUAGAACAAAACUAUUAUAGCCAGCAUUUAUACAUGCAGAGACUUGCAGUAUUUACUAUAUAUUUUGAAUACACAUUUUCUUCUGUCAAUGUUAAAACUCAAUGGCGGUGUGCUCAUCUUUAACAAGUUACAGCUAGCCAAGUGACUAAAUUGGAACUUUCUUCUGCAUGUGUAUAUAUGUCAAAUUGUCAGCAUGACAGAAAUGACAGAUGUUAUUUUUGUAUUUUUAAAAAACCAAUUUGUUGUAUAUAAAGUUUUUUUUAUUUCUUUUGUGCAGAUCAGUUUUUAAAUUCAACAUAGGUAGGGACCUUUAUUUACACUUGUAAACUAUGAAAUGUCAGUGUUUGCCGAGAUGGAGUGACAGAGCAGGGGAAGUCAGAAUUCAGUGAUGGGAACACUGAAGGAACUGUCUAGUUCUGCUAUGCCUCGAAAGUGUCAUCCAUCUAUAGUUUGUGUUAACUCUGCAAAAGUGUCUGUGGACGCAUUUUAUAUUAAGGACAGACCAAAAUCAACACAUCAAAGCUUCAAAAACUUUGGGAAAGGGUGGGCUUGAGUACAAGCACAUUUGGCUUAUAGUAAAUGAACUGAUUUUAUUAACUGAUUUUGACCAUAUAAAAUGCUGAUAUUUACAGGAAAUCUGGCCACCUUCAUAAUUAUGAUAAAAGUACGAGGUGUAAUGCCAGAAGAUAAUGUGUAGGUAAUAGCAGAUACCUGACAGUUUCUCAAAAGUAAUAUUUUUAACCUUGAAGAAAUUUAAUGUGGAAUCAGAGCUCUUGCAUUUUAAAUAAAUUUUGGCCAAUCAAGAUUCAAAGUGAUCAACAUGUGGACCACUCGUGGUCAUAUCCAUGUUUCUCCCCCCCCCCCCCC